UUCUAUCGUUGACUGAUGCAUUUGUUUUAAAUAUUCAAUAUGGCUGACGGAGGAGUAAUGAGUCAACAUGAAAGUUCAGGGCCAGACUCGGUAAUCAACCUGUCAAUAUCCAGUAAGAGCACCAUGGAGAACGGCGAAGUUGUCAAAGGAGUCUUGACCAAUGGAGUGGACGCUCAGAAGCAGACAGUCAUGUCUCUUAGCAACGCACAGUCGCAAGCUCUCCUGCAACAGCUGAGCCUGUCCCCGGCGCAGCAGCAGUUGUUCUUCCAGCAGGCCCAGGCCCAGCUCCUGGCGGCGGCUGUCCAGCAGCACAGCGCCAGCCAGGCGGCGAACAACAGCAGCACCACGGGGGCCGCCAUCUCUGCCUCCGCAGCCACCCCCGCCAACGCCCAGCUCCCGCUGUCCCAGCCCAUACACAUCACCCCGCUCCAACAGCAGGGACUUCAGCAGUUUGUGCUGGUCCAGCCGGGCCACUCCAUGGCCACCCAGCUCCAACCGACCCAGUUCUUCAUCUCCCAGACUGCACAGGGACAGCCCAGUAUGUUGUACAGUCCUUGUCUCAUGCAAGCCCAAAAUCUUCUCACUCAAGUACCUCAGAGCCAAGCCAAUCUGCUACAGACGCCGACCCUCACCAUCGCCCCUCAGCCUUCCACCCCCACACGGGCCAUAGCCUCCACCCCUGGGCAGUUCUUCCCCCACUCCCAGACCCCGCCCCUUAAGGGUGGGGGCACGCCCAGCCUGGAGGAUGUCAACGAGCUGGAGGAGCUGGAGGUGUUCGCCAAGGCCUUCAAACAGAGGAGGAUCCGAUUGGGCUUCACACAGGGUGACGUGGGAUUGGCCAUGGGGAAGCUAUAUGGUAAUGACUUCAGCCAGACCACCAUCUCCCGCUUCGAAGCCCUCAACCUGAGCUUCAAGAACAUGUGCAAGCUGAAGCCGCUGCUGGAGAAGUGGCUCAACGACGCAGAGCACAUGAGCUCCGAGUCCAGCCCCAGCCUCAGUCCCCUGGGCUCUGGCCACGGCUCGCCGGGAGUGUCCUUGGACCUUGUCAACCGGCGGCGCAAGAAGAGAACCAGCAUUGACACUAACAUCCGUAUGGCCCUGGAGAGGAGUUUCAUGCAGCAGAACCAGAAGCCGUCGUCGGACGAGAUCUCCCUGAUAGCUGACCAGCUGAACAUGGAGAAGGAGGUGAUCCGGGUGUGGUUCUGUAACCGGCGGCAGAAGGAGAAGAGGAUCAAUCCCCCCAGCAGCUCAGCUCUCCACAGGUCCAUGUUCUCCGCCACCACCACAGCCUGCAUGGUGAACAGCCUGCCUCAGACCACUGUGACAGUCAGUCCCUCUCUGCCCGUCACCACCCUCAGUCUCACAGGCACGUCUCUGGCCUCGGGCACCAGCAACACGGCAUCAGUCAUCUCCAGCGCCCCCGCUGCCACCUCAGUGUCACUCACGCCCUCCUCCUCCGCGGCGACCACCGUCUCCCAGCCGUCCGUUGCCGUGACGCAGGCUGGGCCGAUGCUCUACAGCAACGGAGGGGGCCUGGCUGCCAUGGCAGCGGCAGCGGCCGGAAUCACCCCGGGUCUCAUGCCCUCAUCACAGUUCAACACCGGGGGCACCUUACUUAAUCUAACCACUGGAGGUCUCGGAGGAGCAUUGGCCACCAUCCAAGGUGUGUUGAGCGCCCUGGCCUCCAGCGGCUCCUUCCCCAUCACCACCCUGGACGGGAACGGGAACCUGCUUUUCACCAACACCAGCGCAGCCGGUUCCGCCUCUGGCCUUGUGAACACACCCCUUUUCCUGAAUCCCCAGAGCCUGUCCCUACUGGCCAGUAACCCCGUCAACUUCGUCCCUGCUGGGGUCUCAUCCAGCCCACUUAACCUGCACGUCAGCGCUGGCAGCAACGCCAUCACCACGGCAACCACGUCUGUCAACAGCAUCGCAACCGCCUCCAAGGCCCAGUGAAUGAACGCUCGGGUCACAACCCCUUCCCCUUUCUUCCGUUCCUUUUGGUAGUUAUUUAAUCUUUUUAUUUGUUUUGCUGCCACCAAAAAGUUGUUGUCUGGAAAAAAAAAAAAUUCCUCCCUGUUCUGUGAACCAGAAGUCUAAUUCAAGACUGAUUGAGGGUUUGCAGUAGUAGGAUUUUCUGUUCCUCAGAACUGCUUCUGACACCAAGUGGGUUUUUUUUGUUUUUUUGAAUGAGUAUUGAAUGAAAACAGACACUUUCUAGAGAGAUGUCUUGAUGAUCUUUUGUGUGUUAAUUUCCCUGUGAGUUUUAUUUGAGGGUCUGUUGUACAGGCCUCAACCGUUGAUGUCAGAUUUGUGACUAAAGGAAAGAUUUCUCUCUGCUGGUUUUCACGUUACCUAAACGGCUCCUGUCACAGGUCAGUUGGAUGCUCCCUGAUAUUUGCCGUUUGUACAUUUUCUGGUAUUUUUAGAUUUUCAAAACUUUGGAAAGAUUUUGUUACAUGUCUGUUUUUCAACAUGGUUACAAUGCUUUAAAAGGACUAACUAUCGGUCAGAAAGCCUAGAAAGGCUGGCUGUGGAAGAGCUUUACUGCAGUCUCUGGGAAGAGUUUAAAACCGCAGACUUCAGAGGACUUUAAAUGUCCUUUAUCCAACCAAAAAACUAUUUGUUUACUAGACUAGCUCUAUAUUAUCAUCUCACUAAUAUAACGUAGCAUAGGUAUUUAUCUUAAUGGACCUCUCUCCUGACGGAGAGAUUAAUGCAAUAUUUCGAAGGGACUUUCCAAAGACUAACAAAGAUAUCUAUAUCCGAUAUUCUCCUCCCUUUGGCUGAGGUCUUAGACGACUGAGGCGGGCUACCAAAAAGAGAGGAUGGAGAAUGGAAAGGGCGAGUUGUCAGUGAUGUGGAGGGGUUGCUGUCGGAUCUCUGUUUUAGAUCACAUACCGCUCAGGACAGCCAUUUCCAAGUGAGUCACUGCAUUUGACAAGUUUAGGUGGAGACCGGACCAUCUGAGCCUCUACCUUCUCAUAUGACCAAAAAGAAACGCUUCCACUGCCCCCACGUACUGCAACCAGUACUAACUCACCAUUAUCCAAUGAAAUACCUCAGCAGCAAGACAAAAUAUAGUCAAGCGAAACUGAAAAACACACUGUUUAAAUUCCAAGAAUGUAGAAAUGUUUACCUGCCUUCUGUAGCUUCGCUGUAGCUGUAAGUUUCAAACAAAGACUUCAGCCAAGAAUGAUAUUUUGAUCAUGAGCUGACGUUGAUUGGUUCCACAUAGCACUGUAACGGCAGUGGCCAGUACUACUAUUACUAUGUUUAUGAUGUCAGAUAUUCACUGAAAUAGUAUAUGAUUUUUUUUUGUGCUCCUACACACCAAAGCAUUUGCAUUCAAGCAUUCUGAAGGUGGUUUGAUGGGUUGAUGUAGUCUUUUGGGAGGGGGGGGGGGGUGUUUUGCAAAGCCUUAUAGGAAACGUAGUCGUCUCUGGUUAUUUGAGACAUUGUUGUGGGUUUUCUCUACUAUCUUGAAUUUUCUGAAAUAUGUAUUCAAGGGACAUAUGGGAAGACUUAACAUUUUUGGCUCUAUAUCCACACAAGUAAUAUAUACAUAAAAUAUUGUGUUUUUAUAUCUGAACUAAGGUCAGCUGAAUGUAGUGCCAAUUCUAACAUCCUCUCAUGGAUAGACAUGUUUAAUAGUGUGACCCAAGACCAAAGUAAACCUGAGGUUGUUGACUCAUUCCUUUCAUUUUCUUAUGUCGAUUUGCAGUUUUAAUUGUAAUUAAGAACUGAGUCUGAAGCUGUCUCGCAUAUUAAUGUGACAGUUUUUGUGGGGGGUUUUCCCCCUUUUGCUGUUUUGUUGUUGUUGUUUUUUUACUCACAAUCUGUGCUUUUCUGUUUUGAGCUAUUACUUGUUUAUAUCACCAAGAAAAUAAUUUUUUUAUGUCCUUAAUGGAACAGAUAUCUUCAGACUACUACUGCCACUCUAUGUUAAUGCAGGUUAUAAAACAACCUGUUUGAAAAGCUUUAUUGAAAUCCUAACUGUUCCAGUCUUAGCAAUGCACAGGUCUUCUAGUGUUGGUUACACCUGAGGCUGUUCACUUAUUUUACACCAGGAGGCAGCCUUUCAAAAGAAACCAAAGACUAGUUAUAGCAUAUGGUCAUAACUCUACAGCACACGCACACAUUUUAUCAUCUAGAUCAGCAGGGCUGCUUUGUUGGCCCUUUAGCUGAAUCUUCUGCCUUGAUUAAAAUGAAACUGCAGGUUAUAGGCUGUUAUAGUAUUUUUGAAAAAUGCAACGCCUGGGCUCCAGUAUGGCGCAGCUCUUAAACGACUACCGCACAGUUCAGCUGCGCCAUUGUGACUAGAGUUCUAAUCCUGGUCUCAGAGGCGAGGUGUGAUUUGGCUGAGCGUCAUCCUGAGUUUUGUGGGAGGAAUGUCAGACAUAAGUGUUUUAUCGUGCUCUACUAACUGCUUGUCUGGGUUUAAGUGCUUGCAAGUUGAAUUGUCGUUGUUGGUGGUGAAGAAUAAGCUCUUCCCUGGGCAUAUACAUUCUGGCAAAUACUUCCUGGUUGAGCAAGGAGUGCGAUAAAAGUAAAUCUUCGACUGUCCCAUCCUGGCUGGAGUUGAUUGAUCCUGGCCUUAAUCGUAAAUUGGGUUUAGGUGAAAGGAGAACACAUUCAAAUGCUUAUUGCCUGUUGUUAGAUUGAAUGCUGGCCUUGUCAUAUACAAAUCUUUUUGUUUGUUCAUCAAGUAGUCAGAAUAGGUAUGUUUCCCAUAGCCUGUUGUAAAACUCCUGUUAAAUGUUCACUCUACAGAAAUACCAAAGAUUACUCUGGAAAGGAUUCAAUCUGAUCGCAGGGAUGGGGUGCUUCUGAACUGGCACACUGACGACAGACAGAGCUAGAACCAAUUGGUUUCAGGCUGUGGUCCUCUAUUCUGAUUGGAAGUUUUCUCAUGUCCUACAAUGUGCAGGUUGCAUGGGGAAAGCAUUGGAAAUCACAGACACACAUACCAGCCUGGCAGCACAAACUUAAAUUAACUGCCUAGUGUAAAUACAUUUGAGUAUGUAAAGUUAACGUUGUUAACUCAUACUCAAAUGUGGUUGACUCAGUCGAUUGUACAUGGCGAAGCAUACGUUUUGGAAAAAAAACACCUCAGUCAACCAUCCAUGUGCAAUAGAACCGUAAAUCGGAGCGGGACUUCUGCAAACACAUUGCCUUUGGCAGCCGCAAUGACUACAUAACCCGUGACCAGAUUGAAUUCCUGGCUGUUACAGUCUUUCCCUUUUUACAUCCAUCCUACAGUUUAUACAGACUGUGGUUCACCAACGCACAACACAGCACAGGCAUCCAAAAAAUAGAUCCCAACUACAGAAAAAAUUUACAGACGACUGAAGUUAAUAUCCCAUAAUGCGUAUCUUUUAUUAUACAUUGCAGUUUGGCUGUGUUUCAGAUUGAGAGGUUAAGACCCUUUUCUGUGCACCGCUACAAAUCUGUUCCCGUUCAGUGAAGUGGAAGCCAUCAGAGUAACACUAUGGUACUGUAUGUUGGUGACAACGCAAAGGCAGGUCGCAACUUGGCAAGCGAAGACGCCGAACACACCCACUCAGCAGUACACCAGCACACUACUGUUAUAUCAACAGCAAUCGCUCCGUGUUGUCAUCACAAGGAAGAAGACGUGUAGCGAGCCCAUAGUCGAUUAACUAGCUCCUAACUUGCGUUGACCUGAUUUUGUCUGCUGUAAUUCUGGGAUUUCAGUUGUUUGUUUUUUUUUACUUAAAUGUAUGACAAAUCUUUUACUGUAACUUUGUUAUAAAAAAACAUUAAAAGUCAUAAUAUUGA